AUGAGGUCUCAGGUGAUUGGAUUGCUCGUCGGACUGGUUCUGGGUCUGGCUUGGGGCCGACCGCAGGGCCCCUUCGAUAAUUUGGCGCUGGGCGCCAUGAACGUGGCCGCCAAUAUAGCCGAGGCCGUGCAGGGAGGAGCUGCCAUCAAUCGGGAUUUGAACUUCGAUAAUCCCUUAAUGACCGUGCACUCGAAGACGGCCGUGGGCUUUGGGGAUGCCAUGCGGCAGCCUUCAGGCGGCGACUCCUCCGAGUCCGAAGAGCGAAGGAGACGGAGGAAAAGACGCAGCUUACGCCGGACCAAGCGGAUCAAACGCGCGCCCUGUCACUGGAAAAUGUCAAUGACCACCGAAGCUGCCGGCGACGAUGAGGUGGAGGCGCGCAAGAAGCGGGCCCGCAAGCGAGCCGCCAACAACGCCUCCAGAUCUCGCAUUACUCUCAAGAAGAUCACUAAGAAGAGCAGCAAGAAGAAGCUCCUUCGAAGGAGACGACAAAUGCCCUCGGAGGGAGCUGGUGGCGGACAGCAGCAGGCAGCGGCGACCCUCGGCGACCGCCUCAAAGUCAUGUGGCUCUCCCUUGUGGACAACGUAACGGAUGUGGUGCAGCAGAUGCGUCAAAAGAUAUCCAGUGCGGUAGGAGCAGCCAGUGCCGGUGGCAACUAGGUGGGAACCCCACCGAAAGUGUUUUUUUUCGUCUUGCAUAUAAGUAUAAUAAAAGUAAAUGGAAACCAGA